GCGCUUUCCUCCAUCCUCUGCUCGGGCAUCCACGAGAGCAUUGCCGGUCGAUGCGACGCUCUCGCGCGGGACAGGGGCAUGAGAGGUCUGCGUCUCCAUCUGACGCUCCCGUGCUUGGUCCGUGCUCGCUGUGUCUCAUGCACUGGCUUUCGUGGGACACAUCGCUGGGCGUGAUCCUCCGGCCUCAGGGAUCAGGCUGGGAGGUUGAAAUCUAGCGGGGCAUCUCCCAGCACCCUCGUGAGCUACUCUGAAGCUUUCAAACAUAGGACUGUAACUCGACCACCACGCCCUCAUCGAUCUUGCGUCUCCUCUGCUUAUGACCACCACCACUACCGCCACCGCUCCAGCCAUCGCCACUGAGCCCCGACGCAACGACCACGUCCAGGAGUCCAGCGAGCUCACCAUCACCGAAUCCACGUCCGUCUCGGCCACGCCCACGCUGAACAACGUCGACGCCUCCCAGAUGCAGCCUCACCUCAGGCUCUCGCAUACCUUCUCCGUCAUGGCCGAGCAGAUCGCAGCAGCGUCGCAGGCUCUCGCCGCCGCAUCGCCGGGCCUCUCAGAGUCGGCGGGGGGAGGAGGAGAGGUGGCCGCGCUGAGGUCGCGGCUGGAUGCGAUUGAGAGCACGCAGGAGCGCCUGGGGGCGAAUAUGGAGGCGCUCAUUGACCAGAUAUCGAAGCUAGCUGCGAGCGGGGGCCGUGAUGGUGGUGCCGGCAACGGUGUGAGCAACGGGGUCGCGGAUGCGGCUGCGAAUGGUGCGCACGAGGAAGGGGAAGGGGGCGGAGAGCCGCCGAAGGACCCUGCGAUCGAGGCUCUCGAGAAGAAGAUUGCGGAUUUGGCUGAGGUGGUUAGGCUUGAGCAAGAGCGGCUCCCGGCGCGUCUGCACAACUCCCGGGCGACCUAUCUCAAGUACAAGAUCAAGCAGCCAGUCACAGCCAACGGCAAGCCGGCACCCAACUUUCCUAUGUCGCGAGGCGAAUUUGAGCAUAUCACCAAGGAACGUUAUGAGGCUAUAUUGAAGGCCUACGGUCUUCCUCUCAAGGGCGACACCGACGCAAAGAGAGAGGCUGUCCGUACGUUCAUUGGACUGCCCGAGGAUGAGCUGUAGACCAGGAUUGGUUGUUCUAUGUUUGGCUUUUGAUCGCGGUUCUAAGUUUAUAGCUCCAGCUCCAAAGCACGUAUUUAUAGGCAAUUUUGGCUCAACUUCCAUGCGUUUACGUUGGUGCAUCACGCAUCACCGGCACCGGCCUUUUGCGGUCACUCGUAUGUCAUAGAUACUUAGACAUCACAGUGCUAUGCGUAUUAUUUUUGCCAUGCACAGUAUGUGCCC